AUGUCAUCCGCAAAUCCCAAGACUAUUCUGUUCCUCGGAGCCACCGGCGGCUGCGGCCUGUCAGCUCUGCGCCGCUCCCUUGACGCCGGCUUCACGUGCAUCGCCCUGUGCCGCACCCCCUCCAAGCUGGCCUCCAUCCUGCUGCCUGAACAAUAUCCCAACCUGCGGGUUGCGCAGGGCAACGCCCACGAUGCCGACGUCGUUGCCCGCCACCUCGUUUCGCCUCUAGACGCAACCCGAUUCGUUGACGCCGUCGUCUCCUCCAUUGGCGCAUGGUUCGAUAUGCGCAAGAUGAACCUCGAAGACGUCCACGUGUGCGAAAAGGGCAUGGCCGUCCUGCUCGAUGCCGUCAGAAAACUGCGCGCAGAGAAAGGUGUCUCUGGGAACCCGCGCAUCCUUGGGCUUAGCAGCACCGGCAUCUCAAAGUUUGCCAGGGACAUGCCUUUUAUCGUUGCGCCACUCUACAAGGGACUGCUGCACGUCCCCCAUGAGGACAAGCGCGCCAUGGAGGAACUGCUGUUUGCCAGCAACGAGGCUUGGACUGUUGUCCGUGCCAGUCUCCUCACCAACAGCAAGGAGCGACCGUCGGGUGCUGUCCGAGUUGGGAUUGAGGACCCCGUCAAGGGCGUGGAGCAGCUUGCUAUUGGGUACUCCAUUUCGCGCGAGGACGUCGGCCGGUGGAUAUUUGAAAAUGUUCUCCAGAAGGGUGGCAACGAUGAGUUCGUCCGCAAAGUUGCAACCAUCACUUACUGA